CCCAACAGUAGGAUGAUGGCCGACGCAGUCCAUAAUCAAAGUAGCAUCCAGCCGGCGGACAGCAACCAAAUGAGUACCGGCACCAGCCAGAAGCCCCAAGGGCCAGCGACGGAGGACCAGCUGAAGCAGUACCGCUACCAGCUGAAGAAGUACCUGCUGCUGCUGGCCACCCUGGUGGCGACGGUGACCUACGCGGCGGGGCUCAACCCGCCGGGGGGUUCCUGGAUGGAGGACACGUCGGGAGGUCAGGUGGCCGGUGACUCCAUCCUCCGGGAGACCAACUCCAAGCGCUACUUCGCCUUCUACGUCUUCAACGCCGUCUCAUUCGCCGCGUCGCUCUUGGUCAGCCUCCUGCUCCUCGUAAACAAGGAGGGCAGCCAGGGCAACCUGCUCCUCACGAUACGGACGGUGAUGGUGGUCGACCUGCUCGGACUCAUGGGGGCCUACGCCGUCGGGAGCAGCCACGACAAGUUCACCACCAUCUGCGCUUCCGUGCUGGUGUCCAUCGUCUUCGUCUACGUGACCGUCUUCAUCCUCACUUCCGUCGCCGGCAGCCUCCCAGGUCGAGGAGAGGCACCAUCGGCGGACAAUCUCGAGAAGCAUGAGAUCCUGAUGUUGCUAGCCAUCUUCGCGGCGACCAUCGCGUACGUGGCCGGGCUGAACCCGCCCGGCGGCUUCUGGCGGAGCACCCAGGAGGGCCACCACACCGCCGGUCACCCGGUGCUGCAGGCCCACCAUCCCAACCGCUACAGGGCUUUCUUCUUCUGCAACACCACCGCCUUCGUCGCGUCCCUGCUCGCCAUCAUUCUCAUCGUGGAGUACGAGAAGCACAACCUCAAGGGGAGAACAGGUGACGUUGCGCUGUAUGGACUCAUCAUCACAGCGCUCUUGGGCCUCGGGGGCGCCUACGCCGCCGGGAGCUGCAGGGACAGCAAGCACACCGCCUAUGUUCUCGGCCUAGGUGUCCCACUUGUUGCCUACAUUUUCAGCUGGAGACUACUUAGCACCUACCUCCCCUGCAUUGGUACAAUCGAGGAUGGAUGCCGAAGCGGUCGUGUGCCACUCAUAAGUUGGCUCGAGAAUUUCCUCUCAAAAAGAAAAAGUUGGCUCCCCAAGUGUAUAAAGGACGAAGACCUGGAGCAGCGUCGUGAAUUUAUUCAGUUGCUUGCCAUUCUUGCGGCUACCAUUACUUACCAAGCAGGAGUAGAUCCCCCUGGUGGCGUCUGGUCAGACAACGGGGAGGGUCACCAUGUCGGAGACCCAAUACUCCUCACAACGCACCCUGGGCGGUACAAGGUCUUCUUCUAUUUUAACUCGGCGGCUUUUGUGGCAUCCCUAGUCAUCAUGGUAAUGUUGCAGAGUGAACGUCUAGUCAGACGCCAUGCACUGGACGCAGCCAUUAUACUGGAUAUGUUUGGCCUCAUAGGCGCAUACGCUGCCGGAAGUUGCAGGGACACAAGCACCUCCAUUUACACGGUCGCCAUGGCUGGUGCUGUCCUUAUCUAUGUGGUGAUUCACAUUGUCUUCUUGACACUAGACCGCAAGGAUGUGAAGGAUGAAGAUAAGUUGAAGAAGAAUCGUGAGGUGUUGCUGCUUCUUGCAAUCUUGGCUGCGACACUCACCUACCAAGCCGGCUUGACCCCGCCGGGUGGCCUCUGGGAAAGUGACAAGUUUGGGCACCGCGCGGGCUUCCCGGUCCUCCAAGACAAAUACCCUCGCCGUUACAAGACAUUCUUCUACUGCAAUGCUGCAAGCUUCAUGGCAUCCGUGGCUCUCAUCGUCCUCCUUAUGAACCCAGAUCUGUAUAGGCCGGGCAUACGGUGCUAUGCACUCUUUGUCUGCAUGGUAGCGGGCAUGUUUGGCCUCAUGGGUGCCUACGCUGCUGGAAGCUCCCUGCAUCUAUUAACCUCCGUCAUUGUCUUUGUGUUGGUUGCUGCACUUUCUGUUAUUGUAGUCUCUAUGGCAAUCUUCCACUUAUCAAAACGUCAGCCGGAAGCUCCAUCACGCAGUGGCAAUGAUCAACAAGAUUGCUCUUCAACACCGGAAUCCAGCAAGUACCUGAUGCUGGUCGGAAUACUGGCUGCGAGCGUGACCUACCUGACGGGCCUAAAACCACCUGGUGGCCUGUGGAGGGACGACGGUAAUGGACACUCUGCUGGCAACCCGGUUCUCUACGACACCAACAAGCUGCGGUACAACGUUUUCUUCUACAGCAACUCCACUUCCUUCAUAGCUUCCAUCAUCGUCAUCGCCUGCUUGCUUCAUGGACUGAUGAUGAUGCGUAAGCUGAGCACAAUGCCUCCUUGGCCAAUGCACACAACCAUGUUGCUGAACAUGCUCGCCCUCCUGGGAGCCUACGCGGCAGGCAGUGCUCGGGAGUGGGGCACAUCAAGGAACGUCAUCCUGCUGCUCAUCCCCAUACUGGCCUUGGUUUGGCUUAUGUUCCGCUUCUUCAAGAAAGGAGAUCAGAAAGAAAACGAACCAGCUUAA